AAGAUAUAGAUAAUAUUCAAGAACUUGAAGUUCAAUUAUGUGAAUUUUUUGCUGUUGCCGAAAAAGAUGAUGGAUCACUAUAUUUAGUUAAUUCACUUUUAGCUGCUAUUCAAGCAAUUAACAGAUUUUAUAAUUCAAAUAUUAGCAAGAUAAAACCUGUUAACUUAUUGAUAUCUAGAGAUACUCCUGAAGGAUUAUUGUAUCAGGUUUUUAAAAAAAGAAAAGAAGAAGGUUUCAAUGUAUAUAUUUAUAAGUCUAAAACUAAUCAACAUGGGCUAGAUAACCUUGGCACUGCUGAUAAAAUUUCUAUUCCUGCUAAUAAUUCUAUAAUUAUUGAAAAUUAUGAAAAGUACUUUUUAAAAAAACCUGUUAACACUAAUUCUGAAUUUUAUUUACAUCUGCUUGGUACAAAAUCUGCACCUGAAACUUCUGAACUAUUAUUAGAUAUUCAAAAUUCUCAGUCUAAUAUGAUUCCUGUUACUGACUCAUAUAAUCAAUUCAGAUCUGCAAAACAAAUUUAUCAAGUUAAA